CCCGAGCCGCCGCCCGCCGCCCGCCCGAGCCGCCGCCAUGGGCCCCGCGGCCCUCCGCGUCCUCCCCUGGGCCCUGCUGCUGCUGGGGCUGCCGCUGCCCGCUCAGGGCUUGCAGGCCAACCGCAUGCUGGCCUCCGGGCCCCUGCAGGGACAGCCGGCGAGAGAACUCGGGGGGUUCACCCCCGCGCCCCCCGCCUCUUCCCAGGAGAUCCAGCCGCUGAACAAGCAACCGGCCAACGGCACCGGCGAGGGGCACGCCAAGCCCCGCAAAGCCUUCCCGGUGCUGGGCAUCGACUAUAACCACAUCCGCAUCCCCUUCGAGAUCUCCCUCUGGAUCCUGCUGGCCUGUCUCAUGAAGCUGGGCUUCCACGUGAUCCCCUCCGUGUCCAGCAUCGUGCCCGAGAGCUGCCUGCUCAUCGUGGUUGGCCUCCUGGUUGGGGGCCUCAUCAAGGGCGUGGGCGAGGAGCCUCCCAUCCUCAAGUCCAACAUCUUCUUCCUCUUCCUCCUGCCCCCCAUCAUCCUGGACGCAGGCUACUUCCUGCCCCUGCGCCAGUUCACAGAGAACCUGGGCACCAUCCUCAUCUUCGCCGUGGUGGGCACGCUCUGGAACGCCUUCUUCCUGGGGGGGCUGAUGUAUGCCGUGUGCCAGCUGAGCGGCCCCAGCCUCAGCCACAUCGGCCUGCUGGCCAACCUGCUCUUCGGCAGCAUCAUCUCGGCCGUGGACCCGGUGGCCGUGCUGGCAGUCUUCGAGGAGAUCCACAUCAACGAGCUGCUGCACAUCCUGGUCUUCGGCGAGUCCCUGCUCAACGACGCCGUCACCGUCGUCCUCUACCACCUCUUUGAGGAGUUUGCCAACUUCGAGCAGGUGACCAUCAUCGACAUCAUCCUGGGCUUCCUCAGCUUCUUCGUGGUGUCCCUGGGCGGCGUCUUCGUGGGCGUCAUCUACGGCGUCAUCGCCGCCUUCACCUCGCGCUUCACCUCCCACAUCCGCGUCAUUGAGCCGCUCUUCGUCUUCCUCUACAGCUACAUGGCCUACCUGUCCGCGGAGCUCUUCCACCUCUCGGGCAUCAUGGCGCUGAUUGCCUCCGGCGUGGUCAUGAGGCCCUACGUGGAGGCCAACAUCUCCCACAAGUCCCACACCACCAUCAAGUACUUCCUCAAGAUGUGGAGCAGUGUCAGUGAGACUCUCAUCUUCAUCUUCCUGGGCGUCUCCACCGUGGCCGGGCACCACUACUGGAACUGGACCUUCGUCAUCAGCACUCUGCUCUUCUGCCUCAUUGCCAGGGUCCUAGGUGUCCUGGUCCUCACCUGGUUCAUCAACAAGUUCCGCAUCGUGAAGCUGACGCCCAAGGACCAAUUCAUCAUCGCCUAUGGCGGCCUGCGCGGGGCCAUCGCCUUCUCGCUGGGCUACCUGCUGGACUACCAACACUUCGACAUGAGGGACAUGUUCCUCACCGCCAUCAUCACCGUCAUCUUCUUCACCGUCUUCGUGCAGGGCAUGACCAUCCGGCCCCUGGUGGACCUGCUGGCGGUCAAGAAGAAGCAGGAGACCAAACGCUCCAUCAACGAGGAGAUCCACACGCAGUUCUUGGAUCACCUUCUGACGGGGAUUGAGGAUAUCUGUGGUCACUAUGGGCACCACCACUGGAAGGACAAGCUUAAUCGCUUCAAUAAGAAGUAUGUCAAGAAGUGCCUGAUCGCGGGGGAGAGGUCCAAGGAGCCGCAGCUCAUCGCCUUCUACCACAAGAUGGAGAUGAAGCAGGCGAUCGAGCUGGUGGAGAGCGGCGGCAUCGGCAAGAUCCCCUCGGCCGUCUCCACCGUCUCCAUCCAGAACAUCAACCCCAAGAGCCUGCCCGUGGAGCGCAUCCUCCCGGCCCUGUCCAAGGACAAGGAGGAGGAGAUCCGGAAGAUCCUGCGCAACAACCUGCAGAAAACCAGGCAGAGGCUGCGGUCCUACAACAGGCACACGCUGGUGGCUGACCCCUACGAGGAGGCCUGGAACCAGAUGCUGCUGCGGAGGCAGAAGGCUCGGCAGCUGGAGCAGAAGAUGAACAACUACCUGACGGUGCCUGCCCACAAGCUGGACUCCCCCACCAUGUCCCGGGCACGCAUAGGCUCAGACCCCCUGGCCUACGAGCCCAAGGCCGACUCGGAGAACCUGCCCAUCAUCACCAUCGACCCUGCCUCGCCCCAGUCCCCGGACUCUGCGGACCUGACGAGCGAGGAGCCCAAGGGCUGCGGCGGCCUCCCGCCCUCGCCCGAGGAGGAUGAGGAGGGGCUGGUGAUGCGGGUGAAGGAGCCUUCCUCGCCCGGUACUGACGAUGUCUUCACCCCGGGGACCGGCGACAGCCCCAGCAACCAGCGGAUGCUGCGGUGCCUGAGCGACCCGGGGCCGCGGCCGGAGCCCGAGGAGGGCGAACCCUUCAUCCCCAAGGGCCAAUAGCAGCUGGAGCCUCAUCCCGGGGCCGGAGCCUCCCUCCUGGAACCCUUCAUCCCCAAGGGCCAAUAGCAGCUGGAGCCUCAUCCCGGGGCCGGAGCCUCCCCCCUGGAACCCUUCAUCCCUAAGGGCCAAUAGCAGCCGGCGGCCGGAGCCUGCCCCUCCGCGGCUUCUCUCUCUCCAUUCGUUCUUUCUUUGCUCUCCUUUUUCUUUCCUCUGUCACUCCACUCCGGAUUCAGGAAGGGGAGGCCGCCUUGGAUGGGUUGGGAUCUCCAGGACAGCUCUGCCCAGCAAGCCCUGGGCUGGCCCCGAGGAGCAGGGAAGGAGCCCCCAGGACUCACCAGGCUCCGUGGCCUGGGAGUGAAGGACGAUCGAGCUCCCAGGACUGGGACCUGCAGGUGCCUCACAGCCCCGGGAGGACCUUUCCCAGAGGCUGCCCACUCAGGACCUGCGAGUGGCUUCUUGGGGUGGCUUUGGCUGGCACAGGGUGGGCGCUGGGGGAGCUGCCCCACAGCUUUGCCUCUCUCUGGCUUGUCUUUUCCCACCCUCUCGCAUUGCUCCGGAGCGGAGAGAUGGGAAGAUGGGAGCCAAGGCUCUGCCUGAGGCUGCUGCACCACCACCUCACCUGGCACCUUCCUGGGCACCUUGGUCUCAUGCUGCUGCUCCCUGCCUUGGCCACUUGCCCACGGAGCCAGCUGCCACCCGGGAGCCUCCUGCUGCCCUGCAUUUCAUGCCAGGUCUUGUUCAAUAAAUAUCCUAGAGCCAUGCA